GGGGGGCCGGGCCCAGACCGUCCGCGACAGGAAGAGGCCAGAACGGCUGGGUGAGGCGCCGAGACGGUUUAGCGGUGAGCCGGGCCCGGGCGCAGCUCAGCAUCGCGAGCGUGGCCGUCGUCAGAGCCGGGCGAGCGUUGGGGGCUCCGGAGCAGCCGUCGCUGUCGCCGCCGACGUCGCUGUCGCCGAUCCGGAGGACGCGGCCCGGAGAGGCCUGCAGGCCUAGCGCGGCCCGGGGGAGCCCGACGAGUAUCUGCCGUGAGUAAAACCCAGCGCCCUCUGCGCGGCGCCUACCCGGGGAAGAUGGAGGAGAUUUCGUUGGCCAACCUGGAUACUAACAAGCUGGAGGCCAUCGCCCAGGAGAUCUAUGUAGACCUGAUAGAGGAUUCCUGCCUGGGAUUCUGCUUUGAGGUGCACCGGGCGGUCAAGUGUGGCUACUUCUACCUGGAGUUCGCAGACACCGGGAGCGUGAAGGAUUUUGGCAUCCAGCCAGUGGAAGACAAAGGCGCCUGCCGCCUCCCGCUCUGCUCCCUUCCCGGAGAACCUGAGAAUGGGCCCCAGCAGGAGCUGCAGCGUUCACCCCCAGAAUUCCAGUAGUCACCACGUGAGAGAGGGCGACAGUGACCAGGACAGUAGUGUAGACUGGUCCCCGUGGCUUGGAGGAGUAAGCUAAGUUGGAGAAGAAAAAAAAAAGGGAAAAAAAAAAGAUAAGAGUCCCAGUUACCCUCAAAGAUCUUAGCGUGAAAAAUAGACAAACAAACAAACAAAAGCGCAAAGAAGAGAAUUUAACAAUUUGGAUCCAUUUGGAAGGAUACCCAGUGUCAGAUCUUACAUCCUGGGCAGGACAGUGUCCACAGGCAGCAUGCUGUAUUUUAAGCUCUAUAAAAUACACCCGGAUGUACAAGAUCCCUCCCUGUGCUGCCCUCCGUACACAGGUGAGCAGCUGUGUACCCAGCAUCUCAAAUUCUUUUGUUUCUCAGAUUUUGCAUCUGCUUGAUGUCAAGGGCUUCCGGCAAAGUUUGGAUGCUGUUGGUGGUCAGGCCAUGGUCAGUCAGCUUCAGUGGACUGCUCCUCUGAUAUCUAAGCCUCCAGUUGGGCCUCUUUGAUACACGUGAAAGUCAGGUGUGAGACUUGGGUACUCAAACAAAAAUACUAAUUCCCGUUUGAAUUUGGUAGGAAGCCCAGGCCUUGUCUACAAGAAGUUCAGAACCACCUGUUUCCCAGAGGUCCAGCAUAUUCUGUGAUUUCAGCUGACGUGGGGACAAAGCCUCACCUUUGGCUCAUCAAAAGCCCCGUCUUUCCAUUCCACUUAGUGGCAAAGGUUUGGCCAAGGCCAAGUUGGUUUACAAGCAGUCGAAGAUUUUGUUCCGAUGCUGUGAGGAUGAAGUAGACCUCUGCAACUGCAGGCCAUCUCCACCUGGAAGUUUCGUAUCUUGAGCCUCUGUGGACCUAAGUUUGAUGGGACAGUCUUUUCCUACUUUAGAGUUACUGGUGAUGUAACCAGCCUAUGGUUCUGACUCGAUGAUUGUGAUAAGUCACUGUCCUCCAGGGGCACCACAGAACUAUUAGAAGGGUGCAGUGGCCAAGCAGGAGACUGUUUGAAAAAUUGAGCCAGGAGGGAACUUUUUGCAUCUACCCUCAGUAAUGUGAAUGAGUUAAUGCUAAGGGUCCUGAAACAGGCCUUGCUUACCUGGUACCGUUGUAGAAUCUUUUUUCCUUAAAUUGGGCAGUCAAACUUCUGCUUUGGUGACUUAAGCCCACUGCCACCUUCUCUGCCCUCACAAAUGACAGUCCACUGGGUCCCCUGGUCCUCCUUAGCAGCAGGAGCUGUUUUUUUGGUUUGGGAAGUUAGGAAAAGACCUCCAAAUUUCUCUGACUUUGGAGGCUGGGAUAGGAGCAGAUGGGAAGUGAGCGGUGGAUCAAACUGCCCUCUGUGUUAGUCCCUAAGGGAGGGUUGAUGGGGGGUAGGAGGGUGGGAGUCCUGAGGUGUGCAGAACAGAACGGUGCUGCUUUAUUUGAGAUGUUUUCUUACCUCAUUCUGUGCCCCAGUCAAGGGUCCAGCCUCAUCUGUCUGGCUUGGCCAUGUUCCUGUCACUGCUCCACUGCCUAUCUGGUGCAGCUCAUGAUUCCCGGUGCUGCUUGCCACUCCAUUUCAGUUCAUCUCCAGGGUUCCUGCCUCUGAAGCCUGCAUGUUUCCUCUUUCCUUCUUUUGUUUUGUUUUUGCUGUUGCUUUCUUAAAUUUUUAGGUUUUUAUGUUGUUGGUUUUACCUGUUUUUAUGGAAGACUGGGAGGAGAAUCUUCUCAUGGCUCCCUCCCUUUUAAAUGGGGAUGAGAAAAUAACUUAAUUUUUUGUUAUGUUUUGUUUUUUUUUGUAUUUACAUAGAACUCUUUUUCUCUUACAUAGAACUGCCUUGCUAGUCUAUGCCCCCGCUUUGUCAUGAGUUCUCUCUUCCCAUUGCUGCUUGGAUGUUGCCUCUUAGGACUUAGAGCAGAACCAUGAAUGCUGGUGUACACAAGGAUGGAGUUUGCUGUGCUCCACUUUCUAACCCUACUGUGGACAUGUCUCCCUUUUCCCGGGCUCGCUCUGAACUGGAUGAACUGAUGUGGGUCACUCAAGAGUUAAGGAAACCACAGUGAUUGGGCCUUGAGACCAUCUGUUGCUUUCUCAGAGUUUUCCAGCUCAGGGUUAGGGCCUAGUUACAGUUUGAUGGAAAAAAAAAAUGAAACCUUGGCCAGAAACUAAAGAUACUUUUAAAAGAUCCCUUGCUACUUGAGUUGUUUCAGCACCUUCAGUGAAUUCAAGGAAAAGCGGUCUUAAAGAUUCCUGUGUACAAGUAUUGGGAAACAGAAUGAAAGGGAGAAAGGCCACGGCCCGCCCACUCUUGCCUUCAGAUAGGGAGCUCAAAUGUGACUUUCAUAUUUUCUUUCUACUCUUUUUCUGGCUAGAACAAGAAGUGGGUGGUAGUUUGGGGUAAUAGUUUGCUCACAUUACUUCCCUUUGUUUAUGUUUUCUGUCUCCAUCAUCUCCACUAGGGCCAUAGCUCCCCACCCUGUGUAGAUAUAAGGUGGGCUCAGUUCAGCCUUUACUGCCCUGAGGGAACACUACUUUUUUGGAAGCUAAUGUUCUCCACCAUAUAGUUGACAGUGGUUAGGAACUGUCCCUUCCCUGCUUUUCCUGUAACAGCAGAAUUCUAUACUUCUCUUCAAUUAAUUGUAUUGACCACUCUGUAAUCCUAUUAUGUAUCUGGGUGUGUGUGUGUAUGGGGGAAAGGGGUUCUUUAAAAAUUCUGUGGUUUGUGGUUUUUUCUUCCAUAAAUAAGUUCCCAUCACCGCAUGCCCAGGGGCCACUGCCUGGCAUUAUCGCAUGCUGGGAUCAUUGGGGGAGGGUAGUGUGAAACUUACCACUGUCUUUUGUUUUGGAGAUUCUUAUUUUUUAAUAAGUAAUCCAUCCUAUACAAAUAGCUAUUAACUCUGUGUGUUUCCCUGCCCAUAUGGCUGCUGGUGUAAAUAAAUUGCAUUUUCCCGUUGCUAAACAGUAAUAAUAAAAUUUAAAAAAUACA